GAAUGGACGCAGAUGGGACGUUUUCCGACGAGCAUGAAGAGGAAACAGAGAAAUCAUCACUGAAGUGUGACCCACCAUUCAUUCGUGCAAGUCGAGUCAGGGGCCGGUGGUAUAAACAACACUGUGGACAUGCCUCCAGCAUCAGCAGCACAAGGAGUAUCAUCUAAUCCAGACAGAGGUGUGGGCUUAAGUUUGCUGCUGGGAACUGACUAUGAAAGGAAGAAGAAUAAACUUAAGGAGGAGCUUCAACUUGACUUCAAACAUUAUGUCUCCACUAAAAAGGAUCUGAAAACUAGUGAACCUCGUCCACAACCCCACGGUCUCUCCCUGCCUAUUGAUGAGAAGAUAUUGAUUAAGGACAAACUACGAGAGGAGAGAAAUAAAGAAUACAACCAAUUCCUGCAGGAACAAGCACAAAACAGAAGGUUAAAGAGGGGCACGCCUCCUGUCACCUCAAAGCCUGGACAGGUUCAAGCUUCAGAUGCUGUGUGCAUUUCUUCUCCAGCUUCUCCUCUGCCCAUCCUCAACACCCAUACAAACAUACACCCUCCUCCCAGGGAGCGCCCUGCAUCCAAGAGAGAUGCUGCCACUCUGACUGAGGCAGUGGAUAGUGGAAAAAGAAGAGGGACUUGGGGUCCAGGCCAUCGGAGACGAAGGCGUUGGCAACUUUAUAGACUGAAGAAGCCCAAUAGCUCUGAGGAUGAGCCCAACACAGACAAAGAGGAGGAGCUGGAGUUCAGACACAGGAGGAGGCAAGACAGAGACACUCCAGAGCCUGAGUACAAAGAGGAGAGGAGAACAAGAGAACACAGAGCUAACAGAGAUCCUCAGGACAUAAAGGAGGUGGAGGCCUCUGGUGUUCGUGAUCAGAACAACAAUGAAUGGGUCUGGAAGUCAGAUCCACCAGUAUCAGACAGCAUGAGGAAAGCUGCUAGAUCAGGACCUGCUACCAGCAAGGAUAAAGCAGAGUUUGCUACUGGACUAAUGAUUGGAGCAAAUGAAGAGCAGGCGGCCUCUCAACUGAGGAAAGAACAGUACAAGCAAGAGCUGCUGAAACAAAUUGCUGAACAGCAGAGAAACAAGAUCACGGAGAGGAAACUUGAGCUGAGGGUUGCUGCCACUGGAGCCACAGACCCUGAGAAAGAGUUUGGGGCUGUAAAUCGACAAUAUGACAGCAGGAGACGAGAUGUCCCCUACAAGCCCGGAACACAUCUGGAGGCCGUAGGGAAGGAUCCAAGGUCUAAAGAUGACAAACCCACUGAGGACACAGAACAGAGAGGCCCCGCAGGAAAGUCCCACAUGGAGUACAGUACAUCUCUCAGUCAGCUGACAGCGAACACGGUGCCUGGCCCCGGAGCGAGAGUAGCACACGGUGCUCCCUCACUUGACUAUUUUAAUGAGGACUACCACAGGGACUUCUCAAAGAUGCUAGGAGACGUGGCCAUGCCAAGGGUUGCUGGUGUUCCUCCUCCUGAUCCUCCCACUGUAACUAACACUUACAAGACUCCCUAUGAUGCAGCUUAUUACUACUAUGGAACCAGGAAUCCAUUAGAUCCCAAUCUUCCUUACAAUCAGAAUGGUCUGCCUGAAGGGGUGCAGCAGUCUGUGAAUUUCCAUAGUCCUCAUCAAAGACCAGCUCCUCUCAAAACCAGAGGCCGCACUGAAGCAACUGAUGAGCACAGAUCAUCUCCCCUGGAUGUCGGAGAGCUUCCUGCAGAAAAGGCUAAACAGAGGAGAGAGAGUACACUGACCUACCAAGAAGCCCUCAGACAGCAGAUCAAAGAAAGAAAGGAGCAUAAAAGAAAAGAGAAAGAAGAGAAAGAACGAUAUGAUGCCAAGAUAGAGGCAGAGAUGAUGGCAUACAACCCCUGGGGGAAAAGUGGGGGAGGCGCUCCAAUUAAAGACCAAAAAGGCAACCUCAUUAGUGAUCUGAAUCAAAUGCACAGGACCAACGAGGAGUCAUAUAGGAGUCCAAUGUCCAGGAAUAGUGGGCAGACAGAAAGCUUUUUGAUGACGAAUGGACACUCUCCUGGAGUUGAAGCCAGGGCCCCCCUUUCCCAUCGACUAUCAGGUUUUCAUGAUCAGCCAACUCCACAGCAGCUUCACAAGCAGGAUAGAUACAAAGAAGCCCUGAAACAACAGAUAGAGGAAAACAAGCGAAAGCAGGAAGAGGAGAGAGAACGAAUCAGGGCAGAGGAGGAAAAAGAAGAGAAGAGGCUGGCGGACCAAAGGGCUCGCAUGAAGCAGGAAUAUGAGGAGGAGCAAAGAAGAAAGCAAAAGAAGGUCGAGCACAGGCUGGAAAACCAAAGUUGGAUCCAUGAACCUAAAACGAAACACCAGGAGGAGGAAAAGAAGGUGAAGCAGGAACAAGAAAUUGAGAAGAAGGUGACUGAGAGUGCCAGGGACAGAGAGAAGAAAAAGGAGCAGUUGACUUAUGAGAGAGAGCCAUCUCCUCCAAUCCCAACCUUUCAGAGGAAGCAGACAAGUCUUUUGGUAUCCAGACCUUCCUCUGCUGUGAGCCAACUCUCCUGCAGGACUGAGCGCUCUGUGUCAGCACCACACUACCGACCUGUCCCUGCGGAAAUACCCCAGCAACCAAAUAAUCAGCAGGAAGUGAUCAGAGAGCUGUCAGCCCUCCGUAGGUACCUGAGGAAAGAGCAGAGAGAACUGGAGGUUCAGCUGGGCCAGACAGAUCGACAGGAGAGUCUCUACACUCCCCCCAGCAGGCCCAGAGGACGACCCAGAGUGGAUGCCUUUGAAUCGGCACAUAAGCAAGCUGUCCAGGAGUCAACCAGGGGUCCUUCCUCUGAUGUUGCACGUGUUAAUAUGCAAAAUAUCAGAGAGUUCAACCAACUUAAAUACAGAGACACAGCAUCUCGUGAGGAGGUCCGUCACGUGUACCCCGACCCUCCCACUGACGCACAAAGUCUGGACAUCCAACAGCAGGCACUUCUUCGUGAACAACAGCGCAAAAUCAGGCUUAUGAAGAGAGAGGAAGAGCCUGACUUUUUGGACCAGCAUCUGCACCGCUAUCGUUCUGUGAGGAACAAACCUGGAUGGUACGGAGGCUCCAUAUUGCCAUCUGAGACUUCUUUUAUUGAUCUUUACGGUGGUGAUGCAUGUGAAGAGCGGGUUCAUCAGCAGAGACCCCCUCAGCCAUCAGCAGAGCACCGGGAGAGGACAGCCCCAAGGAGGAGACAUGACUAUGAUGAGGUGGCAGCGUGCAUGGAUCAGAGGGACCGCGACAUCCAGCCAGAUGCUCAGUCUUUGCAGUCAGUGACUAGUUUGAACGUUGAAUCUAAAGUCAGGGGCCACAACGAGCACCGCAGCACAAGACGAGACUCUCACACUGGUGAUCACAGCAGAUCACAGGGGCUGCCUGGUGAUGAUGUUGAUGUCUUGUCUCUGCGCUCUGCCCUGGAGAGGCGUGUUUCCGUGGAGACUGUUGCCACAGAGCCAUGGCUUCGGCCUGGCACGUCGGACGCUGUAAAACCUUCAGGCUGUAGGGCGUCGCCAAACAGUAGGAUGGAUGCUCCACCCUGGCUGACACACCGCGUCACGUAGCUUCCAUUAGCUGGUGUCUCCGGCACUGAGUGACGCUAGAAUCACUUUCCACUAAAGCUUGUUAGAGACCAGAGUCUGCAUGUAAAAAUACAAAUGUCUUUUAGUUUAGACAAGAUCCAUCUUACACUAAGACUCACUUUGGCACUUUUUAUCCAUGCAGAAUUAAUGGCCUAGAUUUAACCCAUGAAAGUUUUGUGAGGUGCAUAUCUGUAAAUGUAACAGACAAGUGUAUGUGUUAAUGUAGUUAUUUUACUUCUUAA